AUGGUGCGCUCACUCCCCUACCUCAGUCGCGUCAUGGACAAAUUACCACAAGAGCUGAUCAACCGCAUUGUGUAUUUCGCAGAGCGGUACCCAGACCAGGAACAGCGGGCUUCCGCGAUAGGACAAUCUUUCGAGCCCGAUGGUUCGCCAUCUCAAUUUCCUCGCCUCGCGAUCCUCAAUCGCACUUGGAAGGAAGCAGUUGAGACCAUUACAUUUCACCGUCUAGGCAUCAAAAGCGAUGAGCUGGAAUCGCUUCAGUCCAUCGUAACAGGAAAUCGCCGCAACUAUCUUUCCUGGAUCAGUUUCGAAGCGGAAUUGCCAACAUAUUCGGAAGAAGCAUUCGAACACAAGGAGUCACGACUUGAUCAACAUGCCAACAACGAGGCAUUUACAAAAGCUGUAAGCGAUCUUUUCACGGUGCUGCGAAGCUGGGAAGACAACGGUGUGAAGAAUGGAGUGCGGCUUACCAUCGUGGGAGCUACGUCCCCGACCGACGCUCGGGAAGUGGAUGAGUUCGAGAUUGAGCAUGGUCUCAGCAGAGAUAUUCAAUCCGCUCGUUGGGCAGAGUCGUACCUGCGCCUUGUUGAACCCGAAAAUCUGCCCACAUUGUCUAAUCUGCAGCACCUCACUAUCGAGCGGACGGGCGUGCGAAACCUUGCGCCAAGCGUUGCACCAGAUUUAGCAGUGGCAAUGCCAGAGCUCAGGACAGUGGACUGGGAGUUUCCAGACUACGAGGCUGGUUCUGACGCGGGGUCGGAUCAGGACUCGUUGGAUUCAGACUAUGAUCCAGAGUGGGAACCGGCGACAUCUCCCAAGGCGCGUGGUGAGGCGCGCGCUGAAUUUGCUAAUAAGCUCUCGCCGACGCAUUUCCGCUCACUCCAUUCUGCCAACAUGGUCUUUGUACACUGCACCCCUUUAGAUCAGAGGUAUACAGUUCCGAGCAUUGUGCCAGAAGGCUACACACACGACCCGUUCAGUUCAUCAAUCCGAACCUUCUCACAAUGUCUUACAACCCUUACCCUGAGUGCGCACGUCGACCCUACGCUAUUCUGGCCAUCAGACGAAAACGCGACGCCACCGUCUUGGCCACGCUUGAAGUCCUUCGACAUCACGUUUGACAUGGUCGCUCCAUCAGGCAAAUGGUACUUCACUGGUGCAACACCGGCCGACGACCCCCACGACGACCCCGUGCGCGGCAUUGUUGGGAGUGUCGAUACGCGCGAGUUCAGCUGGCAUGACUUCCGGCAGCACCCCGACCCAGAAACCUUUGAUCCUUUUCUCGGCGCGCUCGCAAAAGCCGUUGAUUGCAUGCCUGUUCUUGAGUCCUUCAUGCUUACGUCUGAGAUGACGGGUAAGACGGGGAGACUGCACAUUUCGUAUCACGCGCCGGGCCAGAAAGCGGAGUGGGGUGAUGAAGGACCGGAGGAUGAACAGUACAGGAGGAUUUACUACGCGUGUGAGACGGGAGUAUGGGUACCAGAGCCAAAGACUUCUGAAGGGCUGAAACGCGCAGGGAUGCAAAAGUAUGGCGGAGAGGCCAUCGAGCGAUACGUGGGAAGCCAGUACUAUUGA